AUGGAAAUGGUGGCGCUUCCAGUCCACCUACUCCUCCUCCUCCCCCUCCUGGCCGUCGUCUCCUUCCUCUGGCUCAGGCGUGCAGCUGUGGGCCGUCGAGGCGGCGGCCCGCGGCUGCCACCGUCGCCGUGGGCGCUCCCGGUGAUCGGGCACCUGCACCACCUCGCGGGCGCGCUCCCGCACCGUGCCAUGAGUGACCUGGCGGCGCGCCACGGCCCGGUGAUGCUGCUCCACCUCGGCGGGCUCCCCGUCGUGGUGGCCUCCUCCGCGGACGCCGCCCGCGAGGUGAUGAAGGCGAGGGACAUCGAAUUCGCGACGCGCCCCGUGACGCGGAUGGUCCGGCUGGCCAUCCCCGAGGGCGCGGAGGGGAUCGUCUUCGCGCCCUACGGCGACGGGUGGAGGCAGACCCGCAAGAUCUGCACUGUCGAGCUGCUCAGCGCCCGGCGCGUCCAGUCCUUCCGGCCCGUCCGCGAGGAGGAGGCCGCGCGGCUCCUCCAUGCCGUGGCGUCGGCGGCGGCGGCGGCGCCGCGCGCGCGGGCGGUGAACCUGAGCGAGCUGCUGGCCGUGUACGCCGCCGACUCCUCGGUGCGCGCCAUUAUCGGGAGCCGGAUCAAGGACCGGGACACGUUCCUGGCCUUGCUGGAGCGCGGGCUUAAGCUCUUCGGCAACAUGAGCUUGCCGGAUCUCUACCCGUCGUCACGCCUCGCCAUGCUCGUCAGCCGGAUGCCGGGCCGGAUGAAGCAGCACCGGCAGGAAGCGGACGCGUUCAUGGACGCCAUGGUCCAGGAGCACGGGGAGAGCAGAGCAGCUGACGACGGCGACAAGGAAGACCUGCUCGACGUGCUGCUGAGGAUUCAGAGGGAAGGUGACCUGCAGUUUCCGCUCACCACCGACAACAUCAAAACAGUGAUCGGAGACAUGUUCGCCGGAGGCAGCGAGACGGGUGCGACGACGCUGCAGUGGAUCAUGGCGGAGCUCAUGAGGAACCCAAGAGUGAUGAAGAAGGCGCAAGACGAGGUCCGACAAACGCUCGCCGUCGCUGGCCAGCAGAGAGUAACAGAGGACGACCUGAGCAAUCUGCACUACAUGCGCCUGGUCAUCAAGGAGGGCCUCCGGCUACACCCACCCUUGCCACUUCUGCUUCCACGAGAGUGCCGGAGCUCAUGCCAGGUCCUAGGAUUCGACGUGCCGGCGGGCACGAUAGUGUUCGUGAACGCCUGGGCGAUAGCGAGGGAGCCCAGCUCCUGGGACAGGCCUGAGGAGUUUGUGCCUGAAAGAUUCGAAGGCAGCCGCGUCGAUUUCAAGGGGACGGACUUCGAGUACGUACCGUUCGGGGCAGGACGAAGGAUGUGCCCGGGCAUGGCGUUUGGGCUUGUGAGCAUGGAGCUUGCACUCGCUAGCCUCCUUUACCAUUUUGACUGGGAGCUGCCGCCUGGGAUGACGCCCACGGAUAUAGACAUGACGGAGGAAAUGGGGGUCACGGCUCGACGGCUUCAUGAUCUCUUGCUUGUUCCCUUCGUUCGAGUGCCCGUGCCCAUGACCUAA